GCGCGCGCGGUGCCUGACAUAGCGCCAGUUGAUAUUUGCAUCAAAACACCCAUCUGGUGGCACAUUAGCUAACUGCUGCCAUUUCACAUUCCCCUAUUAAGGAGGGUGUCGAAUCAUUAAUCUAACCUUUUAAAUAAUACUUUAUUUAGCGCUCGCCGUCAAGAAAUGCUCGAUUCGUGAUGACAUCGUACAUAUUAGCUUUAGUUUAAGUGCAGUGUUAUUGUGAUUAUGUGGCUAAUCGAGUCAAAAUCGGUAAAAUAAGUGCACUGUUUUCAACAUGGCUUCGUCGAAUCGCGGGAUUCAGAUCGGCUCGGCGUGGUUUCAGAGGAAAAUAAACUUACGACCUCAGCACAGGGGCGUACAUUUAGUGACAGAAGAAAUUCUUAGGCAAAUGCCGGAAUUGGGACAAUUCUCGGUCGGCUUGUGCCAUGUACAAAUUUUGCACACAUCAGCAAGUUUAGCUUUAAAUGAGAGUUGGGAUCCCGAUGUCAGGGAUGAUAUGGAAAUGAUGUUAAACAAAAUUGUGCCCGAAGGAUUACCUUAUAGACAUUCUUGUGAAGGACCUGAUGAUAUGCCAGCGCAUGUAAAAGCCUGCUUUCUGGGAUCAUCACUGACAAUACCAAUAGCUGAUGGCAAGUUAUCCCUGGGUACAUGGCAAGGCGUAUGGCUAUGUGAACACAGAGACCAUGCAGGAUCUCGAAAACUAGUCAUCACUUUAACGGGUUGUGCGCGAGAUUCCGCGCGGUCUCCCAUGUCUCCUGUUUCACCAAUGGCAAGUACGUCCAGUUAGGGACACGCCCCCUCGGAUAGAGGGCCUCCUUCUAGGGGGCACUCACAGCCACCCUCUAGACCACCGUCCUCUAGAGCUAGGAAGAGGUAAUUAAUUAUUCAACAGAUCAAAUUAUUAGUGAAGAUAAAUUUUAAUAUCGGCACAUGUGUAAAAUCUUAUUAGAUGAACAAAAUAUUAGUGAAGAUACAUUUGAUUGUCGACAUAUGAUUGUCAGUGUUACAGUUAAACAGCUAUUGAUUACCCUUAAAAACCUGAUUUGUAGUGAUUUAUUGGCUUGCCUUUAGUUAAAAUGUGAUAGGCUUUGUGUUUGCGGGUUGCAAAAUGAAAACAUUGACUACUAAGUGGUUUUCAGAAUAGAAUCUUUGCUGUAAAUUUAUCUCAUGGAUCAGUCAUUUAGCAUUAGCUGAAUAUGUCUGAAAUAUUGUUUAAUUUCCAGCAACAUUAAUUAUUACUAAAGUCGACUGAAAAAUAAUCUUUGUACUUGUGAGGAGCAUUUUAUAAUGCACCAAUUUGUCGACAUAACACUUGUUUUAGUUAAUGAGCUUCAACUACAAAUUUUAAUUUUAGUACAUUCAAUUGAUAUACAUACAGUUUUAAUCAUGUUGUACUAUACAUAUUAAUUUAAUAACUCUGUGAUAUUCAGAAAUUUGAUAUUUGAAAACAUGAUAUUUUAUUUAAAUUUACCUUGAAAUGAGUUGCAUUAUUGGAUUUGUCAUAUCAUAAGGAGUUUUAAUCUAUAUAUUCUUUGUGUACUUAAAAAUUCUGUGCAUAUCACAUAUCAUUGGUGUGAUUUGAAUGGUAGCAAUAUUUUUUUUUGUUUUCCGCGAGCUCAACGUCUUAUCCAGUGUCCAUUACAUGUAGGAUGUCCGUCACCCGUACAUUGAAAUGUGGAAUAUUAUUUCAGUAAUGUUUGUAUAGUGUUUGAAACAUUGUAACAUUAACAGAGCACAAAUUAAUAUAUGAAGAAUGAAGUUGCGUAGUGGUUUCAAAUUGUGACAUGUAUCUUGACUGCAAUUUGGCUUGAUCUUUAAGAGUGGUUUGUGGUUCCUUGUAUAACGUCCAUGAGUUAGAUUUCGGAUUGUCUUUUAAUUCCAGCCAUUGUAAUUAAUUUAUCCUAGUGAUAAAUAAAAGUUUUACUAUUACAAACAAAAAUAAUUGAUACACGUCCAUCAUACUUAAAAUAAUUUUAUUACAUGAAUUAUUUCAAUGUUGCAUCAUGCUAUUCAAAAUUUAUCUGAACAAAAGAUGACAUUGAGAAAAAUGUUAUGAGCGAUUUAGCAAUAAAAUCAAGUAGAAUUCUUU